ACGCGGGUCAACGCAGCUUGGGGGCUGCGAGCCAGCCAGCAGCGCGUGACGGAGAGCGUGAGCGACAGAUGGCCGCGGCCAAUGGUUCGCAGGCGCCUGGAGGUCGCAACCAGUGAUGAGUCUCAGGGGCGGGAGGCAGCAGGUUAGGCAGUGAGAAGUUAGUGGCGCUGCUGGGACGGGGUUGGUGGGGGGGAAAAAAGAGACGCUUCUUCCUCCUGCCGCUCCUUACCUUCCCGGGAUCGGCCGCGGUGGUGGCCGCGAGUGAUUCUUCGGCGGCGUCUCCGGCUCCGCGUGAGAACCAUGCUGACGGACAGCGGGGGCGGCGGCGCCUCCUUCGAGGAGGAUCUGGACUCCGUGGCUCCGCGAUCCGCCCCAGCUGGGGCCUCGGCGGAGCCGCCUCCGCCGGGAGGGGUCGGGCUGGGAAUCCGCACCGUGAGGCUCUUUGGGGAGGCUGGGCCGGCGCCGGGAGUCGGUGGCGGCGGCGGUGGCGGCGGCGGCGGCGCGGGCGGAGGGGACGCGGCGCUGGAUUUCAAGUUGGCGGCUGCCGUGCUGAGGACCGGCGGCGGAGGUGGUGCCUCUGGAAGCGACGAGGACGAGGUGUCCGAGGUUGAAUCAUUUAUUUUGGAUCAAGAAGAUUUGGAUAACCCAGUCCUUAAAACAUCAGAGAUAUUCUUAUCAAGUACAGCAGAAGGAGCAGAUUUGCGCACAGUGGAUCCAGAGACCCAAGCAAGACUGGAAGCAUUGCUAGAAGCAGCAGGAAUUGGCAAAUUGUCAACUGCUGAUGGUAAAGCUUUUGCAGAUCCUGAAGUACUCCGGAGACUGACAUCCUCAGUUAGCUGUGCCCUGGACGAAGCCGCUGCUGCACUGACACGGAUGAGAGCAGAGAACACACACAGUACAGGACAAGUGGAUACUCGCAGUCUGGCAGAAGCUUGCUCAGAUGGAGAUGUGAAUGCUGUUCGUAAAUUACUAGAUGAAGGCAGAAGUGUAAAUGAACAUACAGAAGAAGGAGAAAGCCUGCUGUGUUUGGCUUGUUCAGCAGGAUAUUAUGAACUAGCACAAGUGCUACUAGCUAUGCAUGCUAAUGUUGAAGAUAGAGGGAAUAAAGGAGAUAUAACUCCUCUGAUGGCAGCUUCUAGUGGAGGUUAUUUAGAUAUUGUGAAAUUAUUACUUCUUCAUGAUGCAGAUGUCAACUCCCAGUCGGCAACAGGGAACACUGCACUUACUUAUGCUUGUGCUGGAGGAUUUAUUGACAUUGUAAAAGUGCUUCUUAAUGAGGGUGCAAAUAUAGAAGAUCAUAAUGAAAAUGGACACACUCCUCUAAUGGAAGCAGCCAGUGCAGGUCAUGUGGAAGUUGCCAGAGUUCUUCUAGACCACGGUGCAGGCAUCAACACUCACUCUAAUGAGUUUAAAGAAAGUGCUCUGACACUUGCCUGCUACAAAGGCCAUUUGGAUAUGGUUCGAUUUCUGCUUGAAGCUGGUGCAGAUCAAGAGCACAAAACUGAUGAGAUGCACACUGCCUUAAUGGAAGCUUGCAUGGAUGGACAUGUAGAGGUGGCACGUUUGCUUUUAGACAGUGGUGCUCAAGUUAAUAUGCCUGCGGAUUCCUUUGAGUCUCCAUUGACUCUAGCUGCCUGUGGUGGACAUGUUGAAUUGGCAGCACUGCUUAUUGAAAGAGGAGCAAAUCUUGAAGAAGUUAAUGACGAAGGAUACACGCCCUUGAUGGAAGCUGCUCGAGAAGGACAUGAAGAGAUGGUGGCACUUCUGUUGGCACAAGGUGCAAAUAUAAAUGCCCAGACAGAAGAAACUCAGGAAACUGCUCUUACCUUGGCAUGCUGUGGAGGCUUUUCUGAAGUUGCAGAUUUCUUGAUUAAGGCAGGGGCUGACAUAGAACUCGGCUGUUCUACACCUCUCAUGGAGGCUUCUCAGGAGGGACACCUGGAGUUGGUUAAAUAUUUGCUGGCUGCUGGUGCUAAUGUGCAUGCUACCACAGCAACAGGAGACACAGCUCUAACCUAUGCUUGUGAAAAUGGACAUACAGAUGUUGCAGAUGUUCUACUUCAAGCAGGGGCCCAUUUAGAGCAUGAAUCUGAAGGUGGAAGAACACCUUUGAUGAAAGCUGCAAGAGCCGGUCAUUUGUGCACUGUUCAGUUUCUUAUUAGCAAAGGUGCCAAUGUGAAUAGGGCUACAGCCAAUAACGAUCACACAGUAGUGUCCCUGGCAUGUGCAGGAGGCCAUUUGGCAGUGGUUGAACUACUCUUGGCUCAUGGAGCUGAUCCUACUCAUCGACUCAAGGAUGGAUCAACAAUGCUUAUUGAAGCUGCAAAAGGUGGCCAUACUAAUGUUGUUUCUUAUCUGUUGGAUUAUCCAAAUAAUGUUCUGUCAGUUCCCACCACAGAUGUAUCUCAGCUUACCUCUCCGUCACAAGAUGAAUCUCAGGUUCCACGAGUACCCAUACACACACUUGCCAUGGUUGUGCCUCCCCAGGAACCUGACAGAACUUCCCAGGAGACAUCUACUGCCCUUUUAGGAGUACAAAAAGGUGCAUCCAAGCAGAAGUCCAGUUCUCUGCAGGUAGCAGAUCAGGACCUACUGCAACCUUUUCACCCAUACCAGCCUUUGGAGUGCAUAGUAGAAGAGACUGAAGGCAAGCUGAAUGAACUGGGGCAAAGAAUUAGUGCUAUUGAAAAAGCACAGCUUAAGUCAUUGGAGUUAAUUCAAGGUGAGCCUCUAAACAAGGAUAAGAUAGAAGAACUUAAAAAGAACAGAGAAGAACAAGUCCAGAAGAAGAAGAAAAUACUGAAAGAACUACAGAAAGUGGAAAGGCAGUUACAGAUGAAAACACAGCAGCAAUUUACCAAAGAAUACUUGGAAACCAAAGGUCAGAGAGACACAGAGUCUCCACACCAGCAAUGUUCUCAUAGAGGAGUCUUCAUGGCAGAGGAAGAAGAUGGCAGUCUCCCACAGGAUCACACUUCAGAAUCACCCCAAGUUGAUACAGUCUUAUUUAAAGAUCAUGGCACUGAUGAUAAGCAACAGUCUCCACCAUCGGCAGAACAAAUUGACUUUGUCCCAGUCCAGCCCCUAUCAUCUCCACAAUGUAACUUUUCUGGUGACUUAGGUUCUAAUGGGACAAAUUCUCUUGUGCUUCAAAAAGUAUCAGGUAACCAGCAGAUGGUAGGACAGCCUCAGAUUGCGAUUGCUGGACAUGAGCAGGGGCUAUUAGUUCAAGAGCCAGAUGGACUCAUGGUUGCAACUCCAGCCCAGACGCUUACCGACACUCUUGAUGACCUGAUAGCAGCCGUGAGUACCAGAGUGCCUAUUGGGUCGAACAAUCCCUCUCAGACCACAGAGUGUCCUACACCUGAAUCCUGUUGUCAGACUCCUAGCAAUAUGGUUACCCCACCCAUUCCCCCUGUGUAUCCUUCGGUUGACAUUGAUGCACAUACGGAAAGCAAUCAUGACACAGCUUUAACACUGGCCUGUGCAGGUGGCCAUGAAGAACUCGUAUCUGUUCUCAUUGCUCGAGAUGCUAAAAUUGAGCAUAGAGACAAAAAAGGUUUUACUCCACUGAUCCUGGCGGCAACAGCAGGGCAUGUUGGAGUUGUUGAAAUCCUUUUGGAUAAAGGUGGAGAUAUAGAGGCACAAUCUGAACGAACUAAAGAUACUCCACUUUCUUUGGCAUGUUCUGGUGGACGGCAGGAGGUAGUAGAUUUGCUACUGGCCCGAGGAGCCAAUAAAGAACAUAGGAAUGUGUCUGACUAUACACCCCUGAGUCUGGCUGCAUCUGGAGGAUACGUGAAUAUUAUUAAGAUUUUACUUAAUGCUGGGGCAGAAAUUAAUUCAAGGACUGGAAGUAAACUAGGUAUUUCUCCAUUGAUGUUGGCUGCAAUGAAUGGACAUGUUCCUGCAGUGAAAUUGCUGCUUGAUAUGGGUUCAGACAUUAAUGCACAAAUAGAGACCAACCGGAACACAGCUCUCACCCUGGCCUGUUUCCAGGGACGAGCAGAAGUAGUGAGUUUGCUUUUGGACCGCAAAGCUAAUGUUGAACAUAGGGCAAAGACUGGUCUGACCCCCUUGAUGGAAGCUGCCUCUGGAGGGUAUGCAGAGGUUGGAAGAGUGCUCCUUGAUAAAGGGGCAGAUGUCAAUGCACCUCCUGUGCCUUCCUCAAGAGACACUGCUUUGACAAUAGCAGCAGACAAAGGCCACUACAAAUUCUGUGAGCUCCUGAUUAACAGGGGUGCACAUAUUGAUGUUCGUAACAAGAAGGGAAAUACACCACUUUGGCUGGCAUCCAAUGGUGGUCAUUUUGAUGUAGUGCAAUUGCUAGUGCAAGCAGGUGCUGAUGUGGAUGCAGCAGACAACCGAAAAAUCACACCUCUUAUGUCAGCAUUUCGCAAGGGUCAUGUAAAAGUUGUUCAGUAUUUGGUGAAGGAAGUCAAUCAGUUUCCAUCUGAUAUAGAAUGCAUGAGAUACAUAGCAACAAUUACAGAUAAGGAACUGCUGAAGAAGUGUCACCAAUGUGUUGAGACGAUUGUGAAGGCUAAAGACCAGCAGGCUGCAGAAGCAAAUAAAAAUGCAAGCAUUCUCCUAAAAGAGCUGGAUCUAGAAAAGUCAAGAGAAGAGAGCAGAAAGCAAGCUCUAGCAGCUAAAAGAGAGAAGAGAAAAGAGAAGAGAAAAAAGAAAAAAGAAGAACAGAAAAGGAAACAGGAAGAUGAGGAGAACAAACCUAAAGAGAAUUCCGAACAACCAGAGGGUGAAGAUGAAGAGAAUGAUGAAGAUGUGGAGCAAGAAAUUCCCAUAGAACCUCCGAGUGCAACCACCACUACUACAAUUGGAAUCUCUGCUACAUCUACCACAUUUACAAAUGCAUUUGGCAAAAAAAGAGCCAAUGUAGUGACAACCCCCAGCACCAAUCGGAAAAAUAAGAAGAAUAAGACAAAAGAGUCCCCUCCCUCAGCGCAUUUAAUUUUACCUGAGCCACAUAUAUCUUUAGCACAACAAAAAGCAGAUAAAAAUAAAAUAAAUGGAGAACCUAGAGGUGGUGGUGCGGGUGGUAAUAGUGAUUCGGAUAACAUAGACAGCACAGACUGCAACAGUGAGAGCAGCAGUGGUGGGAAAAGCCAAGAGUUCACUUUCCCUGUGGAUGUGAAUCCCACCAGUGACAGGAAGUGCUCCACGGUUGUCAAUUCUCAGGAGGAAAAGGCAGUUACUGCCACUUCUAAGACUCAGACACGCCUUGACGGUGAAGUAAAUGCAAAUUCCAUGUCAACAAGUUACAAGUCAUUGCCAUUAAGUUCUCCAACCAUGAAACUGAAUCUCACUAGUCCUAAAAGGGGUCAAAAAAGAGAAGAAGGGUGGAAAGAAGUUGUUAGAAGGUAA